AUAUAUAUUUUUUUCGUGCAGUUUAGAUUAAACAGUAUAAUUUUGUUUGCUGGUAAACAUAAUGAAUGAUAUUUUCUCUCAUUGCCGAGACGGAAAUUUAGUGGCUGUCAAAGUCUGGCUGGAUAACACAGAAAAUGAUCUAAACCAAGGAGAUGACCACCUAUUUAGUCCGUUACAUUGGGCAUGUCGUGAAGGUCAUAUGCAUAUCGUUGAAAUAUUGCUUAACCGUGGUGCACGAAUUAAUGCGGCAAACAUGGGAGACGAUACCCCCUUGCAUAACGCUGCUCAAAUGGGUCACUUUGAAAUCCUUAAGAAAAUAAUCAAGUACAAUGCUGAUGUCAAUGCAAUUAAUGAGCAUGGUAAUACACCGCUACACUAUGCUUGUUUUGGUCAACAUGCAGCAUGCGCUGAAGAGUUGGUUACUAAUGGAGCUACAGUGGGAAUCUGUAAUAAGUUCGGGCAGUCGUCGGUUUCUAAAGCAAGGCCAAUGUUGGCGAGAAAGCUCACUGAAAUGGCUGCUUCUCUGGGGCAGGAUCUUAAUCAAAUUGCUUAUAAUCAAAAUGUAUGGAAAGGAACCACAAGAACGAGAGCGAAAAAUGAAACCCUCCAUCAUGAAAAUGUGGAACUAACAAAGCUAAAUCUGAAAGGAAAGAUUGCUUCAACCCACUCUGGUGAAACCUGGAGAGGAAGAUGGGGCCAGCAAGAAAUUGUUGCCAAGAUAUUAAAAGUUCGAGACAUAACAUCCAGGAAAAUGCGAGAGUUUCAUGAGGAGUACCUUCGUUUGAGAAUAUUUUCUCAUCCCAAUGUUCUUCCAGUCAUGGGUAUUGUUAACUCUCCUAAAAAUCUCGCUACAAUUAGUGGAUAUGUAAUGGGGGGUUCUCUUUACCACGUACUUCAUGAAUCAACUGUCACUGUUGAUCACUCGAGGGCUGUGCUAUUCGCCACAGACAUCGCAAAUGGCAUGUCAUUCCUUCAUUCCCUUGAACCCAUCAUUCCCCGUCUCCACAUUAACAGCAAGCACAUUAUGAUUGAAGAUGGAAUGCAGUGCAAGAUCAAUAUGGCAGACGUCAAAUUCUCCUUUCAAGAACCAAACAAGCUGCAUAACACUGCAUGGAUGGCACCAGAAGCACUUCAGCGGAAGCACGAAAACAUCAACCGAAAAUCUGCUGAUAUGUGGAGCUUCUCUAUCCUUCUGUGGGAGAUGGUGACACGUGAGGUCCCGUUUUCCGAUCUUUCCAACAUGGAGUGCGGGAUGCAGAUCGCUCUAGAAGGGAUGCGGGUUUCCAUACCUCCAGGGAUCUCUCCCCACAUCUGCAAACUCAUGAAGAUAUGCAUGAAUGAAGAUCCCACCAAACGACCAAAGUUUGACAUGAUCUUACCCAUUCUCCAGAAAAUGAAAAACUAAAAAAAAUACCUAAAACUUUCGACUUGUAUGAAUUUGUAUCGUGCGCCGAAAAUAUUCCGUGUAAAUAUCAAAUAUAUUUCUGUUUUGGAUAUGCGAUGACCGACAGAGUGUAGCUUUUAUUUGAUUUGAGCUCAUGUACUUAUUUCCUGUCUGACACCUUGUGUAACUACACAAUUCUGAUUUUGCUGCAACUUUCUCACCGUAAAUGCCUUGCAGUUUUGUCUUUUUAUUGUCUUGUAGUUGAUAAAACUGCUAAUGCUAAAACACAUACCUGAACAGCUACCCUUUUAUUGCACGUUACUUAAUUUUGGAGCAGGAUGUGUUUGAUUUUGUUUAGAAAUAAAUUUAAAUUUGUAAUGUAGCAACUAACUGCAUGCAUUGCGUUAUUUAAAUGAGUAGUUGUAUUUGGUGAAUAAUGUAAUGACAAUUAUGUAAGAAAUCUGGCAUGUUAUGUUAUUUUGUAAGCAUGUGUUUAUUGAAGAAAUCUAUAAAUUAUAACUCCUUCUGUUACCUUAUGAAGUUUAAUCAGAAUUUUUUGUCGAUUAAAAAUGAUUUACAUUUGUGUUUAAAUGCAUUUAUAACAUAAACAUAGACACAAGGUCUUCAUUCUUAAGCUGCACCGCAAUGUAUAAAGCUUUUUUGUUUUUUUUUUACUUCAGCAAAAUCAGUGUUUAUGUUUAUGCUUUGUUUCUUAGUUUAUUAGGAAUAAGAGAAGAUCCUUUAUUCUCUACCAUUCAUUUGAAAUUGUAUCAAAACCUUUUUUAAGCAGAUGUGUACAAACAGAUAUUGUAUGAUUUGUGAAGGAGAUAUUCUAUUUCACUAUCACUGCACUGUAGUGAGCAUAAAACGUACAUCCACACUGCACAAUAUAAACACCUUUUUAUCAAAGUGGUCUAGUUUACUAUUCUACUUACAUGAAAUAGCAUUAUAUAUUUUGUUUAUUGAAUCAUGUUGACUGACUUAUUACAUUUCCAAUCUUCUG